AUGUUUAGUGUUAGUAUCAGGGUGUGUCCAGAAGGUGCAAUUGAGCCAGAGGUGAUUGACCAGCUCUUGUCACUUGGACUUAAUAGUCUUCCCCCCUUGGCUUGUUUUGUUUUAAAAUUAGCAACAGGCUCACCUGCCACAUCAGGUUACUAUGGUGUUAGAAGAUCUUUUUUAUCAGACUCGGAUUUCCACAACACUAAACAGUUUUCCAGUGAUGGCUACCCAUCAACCCUGGCGAAACCCUUUUCCUGUGAGUCCUCAACAGUGCAAAAUUACCCACCGAUCCUGGAAUCCUACUUUCCUGAGCCUUACGGAGACUACCGCCCAUCCGCUCUCACCCCCAACACAAGCUCUCUGUUCAGUGGUUCGCCCCUGCCCCCACCGCUCCUGCAGCCACAUUUCUCCAGCGACUCCACGCACUUCGUAUUUAGAGACUCAUGGGAGCAGCCAUUGCCGGACAGCCUCAACCAGCCUGACAUAGUGUCUCCUGACCCACUGCAGACACUAGCAGGCAGCACAAAUUGUGUCUCCCCGCAGGAGUCUGGGAGCCCCUCCCAACACAGAAGCUCUGGCUGGGGGCCCGCCCUCUCCGGGGCUCAGGCCUAUUCCCUGCACGCCCUGGAAGACCUGCAUUAUAGCCCAGGUUACCCUGCGCCUUCCUCCUACCCUUUCCCACCUUUGAUGACAGUGACUAACGACUUCCCUCCCAAAGUGAUUCAGCUUUCUUCCGAAGAGGCCCUGGAUGCGGCCCCUCUGCAGGAGACUCCGUCCUGGGCAAAGGACGAUGGGAAUGGGGUUUGGGGCGCCUAUGAAUGUCGCAGAGCUUAUUGA